AUGGCCUUGGAUGAGCAAGCUGGAGGGACGCUAGAACCGGCUAUAGAAGAUAGAAACGGUGAUCUGCUUCUUUUGGUAGAGCACACGCCCACAUACACAAAUGGACGUCGAAACCGUGGUGCACAAGCCAUCAGCCACAAAGAAGCCGAACGAUUGCAAAGUCUUGGGGCAACCUAUGUCGAAUCCCUGAGAGGAGGCGAGAUCACCUUCCAUGGCCCUGGUCAACUAGUAGCCUAUCCUAUUUUAGAUUUGAAGCCAAUUCAGCUGAGCGUACGUUGCUACGUAUCGUACUUGGAGAAAGCCAUUAUCGCGACCUGCGCUCAAUGGGGAAUCAAAGCCAUUACGACCGAGAAUACGGGUGUAUGGAUUAAUGAUCAUAAGAAAAUUGCAGCCAUUGGCGUUCAUGUUCAGCGGUAUAUCACUUCUCAUGGGCUUGCUCUGAAUUGCAACACCAACCUCAACUUUUUUAAAGAGAUUAUUGCGUGUGGCCUUGAGGGUAAAGAAACAACAUCACUAGCAAAAGAGUUGGACGACUCUUCUAUCAGUGUUCAAAAGGUACUCCCUACUUUCUUGAAGGGCUUUGGCGCUACAUUCAAUCGCGAGCUUGCACCGCUUUCAGAGGUCAACCCUGAAUUACAAAAGAUGAUUCAAGAGUACGUCGACACUGGAGCAAUCAGUUCUGCUAAUGAGGAUCGUGUCGAUCGCUUGUAG